UCAUACCGCAGGACCUGCCGAGGAGUCACCAAAAACAACCGGGCUGGUCGAAAUCCGGUAUUCGGUGGAAAGAAAACCUGAUAUAGAGCUUUUCUGCUUGUUUGUAGGCAGAAACUCUGCCUAAUGAAAAACGGCAGUAGGGUAGUGACUACACUUUUUAGAAGUCUCCACAGAGUAUUUAUUAUAAUUUUUUAUCUUGCAUUGAUAGCAGGAAAGUAAGGCGAAACUAAGAGAUGAACGACUGAUUUUUUAAAAAGCAUUAAUAUAAGUACAAUAAUGAGAUUCCCUAUAAAGCAAAUAAUAACAGAUCGUCAAGAAUAAGGUGCACCAUCCUCUUUCCAGAAUCAAUCAGUCGUUCAGGACGUGCGGAAAAUUACAAGAACGGUGUUUAUCAACGUGUAAACUGCGAGCAACCACGAGAUAACAAACGCUAUCUCGUAGUGAAAAAAUAAGCAGCUGUGUGGCUUGUUGUUUUAAAUAUCUAUGGAACAAGUGAACAAGAGAGGACAACAGAACCUGACAACCCGCAGUAAAGCCCUUUCUUGCUUACAGUUUGCCUUUCAGUAGAUGGACCUUCCAGUGUGUUAUGCAAAAAGCGCACUAACAACUUAGCAGCAAUUUAAUGAUCUGACGACCUUAGACCUUGUGCACGUUACUUGUAUUUUAAUUCUGCGGUUUGUAAUCUGUCACCAACUUCUUCGGAGCGUUUCUUGCCAGGAACAAGAAUUGUUCUGAGGUUAAGCUGGGUUUCAGAACCAAGGACAGAUCUAAAAUCCAGCAGUUGCUUUAGUACGCGGAAACAAUCAAUCGGUUUGAAUACGAUUCUUGUAAAAGAUGCUUUUCUUUUUUGCACCACAUGAACUUGUAUACAGAGAGAUCGAACUGAGAAAAAAUAAAAGCGGGCUGCAUGAACCUUCUCCUAAGAUCUGAACACCAUAAGCAGCGCGGUGUCUCUUCAAAGUUAAACAUGAACAGAACAAUGUAAUUCAGAAGAGGAAUUAAUGAUAAAGAGGAAACUUCAGGCAUUCGUUGCAACUGUAUAAAACAAAGCACCACGCCCAGCCCCCCCCCCCCUCCCCCCAUACUUAAAAGAACACUCUCAGUCCAUCAUGGACAUCACGGCUUUGAGAUUUCGGUACAGAGUAGCUGUGACCCUUCUGUGGUCACUACACUUCCUGCUUACUGCGGUCAUCCUAGGACCUGAAGCCCUGCCCACAUCCAGCUACGCCAUGGGUGCUAAGCGUGAGAUCACCAUUGACGGGGACCUGGUGAUCGGAGGCCUCUUUCCAGUGCACGAGAAAGGUGAGGGUACAAAUGACUGCGGCAAGAUCAAUGAACAGCGUGGAAUCCAGAGGCUGGAGGCCAUGCUGCUCGCGCUUGAUGAGAUCAACCAAGACGAGCGGCUCCUGCCUGGAAUCAAGCUGGGUGCCCACAUCCUGGACACCUGCUCCAAGGACACCUAUGCGCUGGAGCAGUCCCUGGACUUUGUCCGUGCCUCUCUCACCAAGGUGGAUGACACUGAAUACAUCUGUCCUGAUGGAUCAUAUGCCAUCCAUGAUGACUUCCCCGUGGCUAUUUCUGGUGUGAUCGGUGGUUCCUACAGCGAUGUCUCUAUCCAGGUGGCCAACCUGCUCAGACUCUUUCAGAUUCCCCAGAUAAGCUACGCCUCCACCAGUGCUAAGCUCAGUGACAAGACGCGCUAUGACUACUUUGCUCGCACCGUGCCCCCGGACUUCUACCAGGCCAAGGCCAUGGCAGAGAUCCUCCGCUACUUCAACUGGACCUACGUGUCUACUGUGGCCUCGGAGGGUGAUUACGGUGAGACAGGUAUCGACGCUUUCCAGCAGGAAGCGCGAGCACGGCAGAUCUGCAUCGCCACGUCUGCGAAGGUCAGCCGUUCCAUGAGUCGCUGGAGCUACGAUGCAGUCAUACGUUCACUGCAGCAGAAGUCCAACGCCAAAGUAGUGAUUCUGUUCACACGAAGCGAGGAUGCACGCGAGCUCCUUGUGGCAGCUGCACGCAUGAACGUUACCUUCAUCUGGGUGGCCAGCGACGGGUGGGGGGCGCAGGAGAGCGUAGUGCGUGGCAGUGAGCUGGUAGCUGACGGGGCUUUCACCAUUGAGCUGGCCUCCUACCCCGUGCGGGAGUUUUCUGACUACUUCACCAAGUUGCAUCCAUACAACAACACUCGCAACCCAUGGUUCCGUGAGUUCUGGGAACACCGCUUCCAGUGUAGCCUUCAGGAGUUCAGCUGCAGUCAGCAUUCCCUGCGCAACGGGAAGUUUGAGGAAGAGUCCAAGAUCAUGUUCGUGCUGAACGCUGUCUAUGCCAUGGCGCACGCCCUGCACAACAUGAGGCAGGCCGUGUGCCCCAACUCCACCAAGGUUUGUGAUGCUAUGAAACCAGGCAAUGGCAAGAGGUUCUACCGGGAUUUCAUCUUGAAAACAAAAUUUGAUGCCCCAUUUCGUCCAGCAGACACUGAGAACAUAGUCCGCUUUGAUGCAUAUGGAGACGGCCUUGGUCGCUACAACAUAUUCCAUUACCACCAAGAGGACGGCAAGUAUAUCUACAAGAAGGUUGGGUACUGGGCGCAAGUCCUGGCACUGAAUACAUCACUCAUUCCCUGGGGAGAGCAGCUGCCUCCCACUUCCCAAUGUAGCGACCCCUGCAGGAAGAAUGAGAUAAAAAGCAUGCAGCCAGGGGAUGUAUGCUGCUGGAUCUGCAUUCCUUGUCAGCCAUAUCAGUUCCUGUUGGAUGAGUUUACCUGUAAGGACUGUCCCUUUGGACAGUGGCCCCUAGAGAACCUGACAGGCUGCUAUGACCUGCCAGAGGAGUACAUCCACUGGGAGGAUGCCUGGGCCAUUGGGCCUGUUACCAUUGCCUGCCUGGGCAUGCUCUGUACACUUUUUGUGAUUGGCCUGUUCAUGAAGAACAAUGACACUCCAGUGGUGAAAGCCAGUGGGCGGGAACUCUCUUACAUCCUCCUGCUGGGCGUGUUGAUGUGCUACAGCAUGACCUUCAUCUACAUCGCCAAGCCAUCCGCUGUCGUGUGCACGCUGCGUCGUCUUGGUCUGGGCACCUCAUUUGCUGUGUGCUACUCUGCCCUGCUGACCAAGACCAACCGUAUCGCGCGCAUCUUUAAUGGCGUGAAGGACGGCGCCCAACGGCCACGCUUCAUCAGCCCUACCUCGCAGGUGGCCAUCUGCAUUGCGCUCAUCUCCUGUCAGCUGGUGGUGGUGGUGGUCUGGCUGUUGGUAGAGGCUCCUGGCGUGCGCAAAGAAGUGAGCCCAGAGCGGCGGGACAUCGUCACCCUCAAGUGUAAUAGCAAGGAUUCCAGCAUGCUGGUGUCCCUCACCUACAACUGCGUGCUCAUCGUCCUCUGCACCGUCUAUGCCUUCAAGACAAGGAAAUGCCCUGAGAACUUCAACGAAGCCAAGUUCAUUGGCUUCACCAUGUACACCACCUGCAUCAUCUGGCUGGCCUUCCAGCCCAUAUUCUACGUGACUGCCAGCGACUACAGGGUUCAAACGACCACCAUGUGCAUCUCCGUUAGCCUGAGCGGCUCUGUGGUGCUCGGCUGCCUCUUCGCUCCAAAAAUCCACAUCAUCUUGUUCCAGCCUCAGAAAAACGUGACCACACUGAGAGUCACCACCACUCGCUUUAGUGCCAGCGGCGCGGGACACGGAUCCGGCUACUCGCAUGCUUCAGCUUCCAACUACGUGCCAACUGUGUGUAAUGGUCGAGAGGUGGUAGACUCCAAGACGUCCUCCUUGUAAAGAAUAACAGCUAAACAUCGUUUGGAUGGGUCUACAUAGCAUAGAGCCCGCUGAAAAGCUGAUGGAAGUCUGGGCCUCUUUUCAAAGCUCUCUUAUGCCAGCAAAGUACAUUUUUCUAGUGAAAGCUUGAAAGCACAUAACUUUAAACUGAGGAAUCAGUAAAACAUCUCCAUUUUGGUAGGAAGAAAACAAAUAAGCUAAAUCAGAAAUUUAUAUUUUAAAAAAGUAACAUUAUACUGCACUGCAGUGUUUUUGUCCCAUACUAAACAUUUUAGGAGCACAGGUUCUGUGAUUUCCAAAUAAUUUAUAUAUGGAGCAUUGAUGAAUUGAAUAGGGUGUAAGAAACCUUAAUGAACAUGGGCAGAUGAUGCAAAUAUCUGUGUAUCCUAUAAAUACCAAAUAGUCUCUCAGUUCUGUUUAUUACCUUAUUGCUAAUAUAAUGAAAUCAUAAGAUGAAAAACACCAUUCAGUAUACCCCUUCAUUUUUACAAAAGUAACAUUUUAUUUGACAUGCAGUAAAUGAUAGUAAGUUUGUUCAAUGUAGACUAAUAUAAGAACAAUGUUUUUAACGUUAGAUUUUGGUGAACCAGUUUGUGUUUUCUUGUAAUUUAUGUAAAUAAAAUGUGUUUUUUAUUAUUAAAAAUGUGAUGCUAUAACCUA